AUGUUUAAUAAAUGGUUUAAACCUACCAUCCCAAUAUUGAGAAUCAAUUCAGGUAUUGAUCAUAAUAGUGCUAAAUUGGUUGAAGAAUCCUUAAAGCCACUUACUAGAAUGAAAGCUUUAGCAGUUAUAAUAAAUUCUAAUGGAGGUUUACUUGUAUAAGGAGAAUUAAUGAAAAAGAAAAUAGAAUUAUUUGCUAAAACACAUAAAAUACCUCUUUAUACAUUUGCAGAAGAUUCUGCAUUAUCAGCUGGAUAUUAUUUAUUAUCAAUUGGAAAUAAGAUAUUUGUUGAUGAAACAUCUUUAGUUGGUUCAAUAGGAGUAUUAUAUUUGAAUCUGAAAAUUGAAAAGUUAACCAGAAAAUUAGGUUUUGAACCUAGAAAGUUUUCUUCAAAUAAGUAAAUUGAUUUUAGACUAUAUAUGUAAAUAGAAAGCUUUUCCAAAAUUAUACAGGUUUUAAUGAUGAAAGAAAUGAGGAAAUGGAAAGAAUAAUAAAGGAUUAAUUUGGAAUAAUGAGAUAAUAAUUUUUUGAUCAUUGUGAUAAAUAUAGACCACAAUUAUAAAAAUAAGAUAGUGAUGUUAAGGAUUUAAUUUAUAAUGCUAAUAUAUUUACUGGGAUAGAAGCUAUUAAAUAUGGGUAAUUGAUUAGCCAAUAUAAUUGAUAGAUUGGCUGAUGAAAUUGGUAAUUUUGAGGAAGUGUUAAAUCGUUUACAUCCUGAUUGUCAAUUAAGAGAUAUUACUAGAAUUCCACUUGCUUAAUAUUAUAUAAUGAAGUAAUAGUCAUAAUGAGUUUAAUAAAAAUUUCACUGUGGA